CGACAGGAAAGUAACAUUAGUAUAUUGUGAAUGACUAUUAGGAAACUAAUACAGUGAUUUAGUACUAUGAAAGAACGGUGGAAAUAUAAGAGUAUAGUUGUAAUACAAGUUUACUUGCUAGUAACUUGACACACGAGUAUAAUACAAUAUUGAAUACUAUAUUUAUAUGUGGGUGACGUGACAAAAAAAAAUAAUGAAGAUUUGCCUAUCGACAGGAUCUAGGAGGAAUAUAAUAUCGGUUUAAUGUGAGAUUUAUUCAGUAAGAACGGAAUAAUGAUUUCUUUAACAAGGAUUUUUUUAUCGCAUAACACAGGAUUCUAAGUGACGUGUUUUAACAAAACAAUGUUAUUGGAAAUAAAAUCGCCUAAGGAGUAUUGUAAAUGUUUUUUUCUUCUGUAAUCUGUAGUGGGCUGGAAAAACAUUAUGGAAUCAAGUUAAGCCUCUGUUUUUUCUAUGGUUAAACUAUCAGAUCUGUUUGAAUGGGCUAUUUUAACUCCAUUGCCUUAGGGAAUUAAUGUAGUAGACUGUUAUGUUUACCUGAAUCGACAUAGUACAGCCUUGCUUCAGGACAACCAAUGUGAGUGAUGUUCCGUUUUUUUUAAUUUCUGAAAAACCAUUCAUAAAAAUUCUGAAAGAUAUUUUUAGAAAUUGUCGUGAAAUUUUUUGAGGGCGUUUGGACUAGAUAAAAUUGAAAAUACAGAAGGUUAUUUUUACGAGUCCAGUACACUUCGAUCUGCAUCAAGGCGUGCUUAAAACAGAGUUCGGAUAUUAAAACUCCGAUGCUUUUAGGAACCAAGUUCGCGGUUUCAAACCGGAAGUUAAGCAAACCAGGAGAUGGUCACACCUUCACCUAUGUUUAUACCCAAAGUGACCAAUGACACCGACAUUUUCAACGUUUCAAACAUUGCCAAUUAUUCCUCACUGAAUGUGUCCAACACAAACAUUGUGGUGGACGACGUCCACAAACCUCUUAGUGCACCACUUCAACCCGGGGUGACUAAAGAAUUUCCGCUGGCAUUAGUGGUUGCUAGCCCAGUUGUAGCAGUGUCCAUAUUAAUCUUUUUCUGUAUUGCGUAUUACUGGCAUUCGUCACAAUUAGACAAACGGGCCCAAAUGUUGGCGAUUCAGCAAGCGGCUGAUGCCGAAUGUGGACUUGGACAACGUAGCCCGGAACCCGAAAGAAACGUUAUUCAUUUAGAUGAAGGUUUACCAGGAAACGGACACCCAGGAGGAGGAACUGGCAGUGGAAGAAAACAUCGCGGUCGCCCUGGACGUAGGAUAUCCAGUCCGACGAAUACUGGCGCAAAACGCGGUUCAACGGUGACGGAUAAAGACAUAUUAACUCAUUACGCAGCAAGAAGGCAUUCGACAUUUUUUAUUUAGUGUUGGCGUUUCUGUGAGUGAAAUAUUGUGUGUGUGGUUGUGAGUAUGAAGACAAUACGUACGUGCGUGUGGCCUGCGUUUCCAUUCAUGUGUAAGCGUAUAAUAUUUGUUAUUAUUAUUUUUUUGAAACAUUACCGUACGUUAUUAUACAUAAUACCUGUGAUAGUAGCCAUGAUUCUCCAAUUUUCUUUUGUUCGCUAAUGUUUUUUUCUUGUGGAUUUCUGUAUAAAUGAGUCGACGAUGAAUCUGUGACCUGCUGAGCGAGAAACUAGCUUUUUAAUCCAAUUGCCAUUUACUGAGAGUCUGGUGUUUUCAUCAACUGUAUAUUUGUCAAAUUCCAUACGUCGUAGAGUUUUGAUUUUCUUGUGAUGCCAUUAAAAUCUGCUAACUCAAUUGUCAAAAUU